CUACAGGACCCAAACUACAAAGCUUGACGCAGUUCUCCUUCUGCUCGAACUUUAAGUUAGAGCCUCUGUAUAAAAAAUCAUCUUCUCUUUGUCCUUGAAGUGUAAAAACUUGUUUGCAAAAAAUCCAAAUGUGCCACAUUUGAGUUCAGCCUGACCACCCAAAAUGGAUGAAACGAUCGCCAAUGGUCUUCCGCCCGAAACGUUCGCGGCUCGUUUGCAUGCCGCCUGUGUUGCCGGGAACGGUGGCGAGGUGAAGCAACUGCUGACAAGCAGAAAAGAAGCAGAGAAAGCGGUCUCCCUGAACUACUCCGUGGACGCGCCCGACAUUGAUCUCUACACGCCUUUGCACCGCGCUGUGGAAAACGGUCACGUGCAAAUUUGCGAGCAGCUCCUGGAGGCUGGGGCCGACGUCAACGUGAGUCAUCCGGGGUUGGACGGCUGGACGCCCCUGCAUCUAGCAUGUUGGUUGAACGCAACACAAAUCGCAAAGUUGCUGAUUCGCGCGGGAGCAGACGCGACGGCGCAGGACUGGUAAGAAGAAUUAGAAUUGUUUUUUGGUCUGCUGUCUCACGGUGGUGUUGCGAGUAUGUAAACUUCAAAGUAGAAUGGAAAACCACUUGAAGUAGAAAACCGCACUGCUGUCAGGUAUGCCAACAAAGCGGGUGACCUAGGUACCGAAGACACGCAAAAGUUUGUCGCGAACCUUUUAGCAGCAUCGGAGGACAGGGACACCACUUCGACGGCGACGCAGGACCCAAACGCAGCGAACAAGCCGUCGGAGUGGGCAGCGCAAAAUCUCGUAGCGCCCUGCUCCAUGACCGUAUCGAAAGUGCAGGCAGACAUGAUCGCCUUUUCGAUCAAGCACUGUGAAGAAAACGAUAUCGGUGGGGAAUGGAAAACUGGGGCAGCAGCGAGAACAAAUUAAGUUUGCUUGUAUAUGUGAAGAAUGAAGAAAAAAUGAAAGAAAGAGAAACGACAAUGGUCAAACAGUGUGUCUGUGACGAUCUGCAUCGGCGGCACCUGCACGGUAGUUGUGUCUCUACAACUAUACGCGCACCCUGUUCUUGUUCAAGCCCCUCCUUCUGUGCGUUAAAGAUUCCGUUUAGUGUCUCGGCUGCUUCG